UUUAACUAACUUGGAAGAGAAAAAAAAAAAACCCAGAGAAAAAAAUUCCACCCUGAGGGGGAAAAAUGCUUGCUGAGAAUUCCAUGGAUGCAAAUCCAGUGUCUCCCACUGGUUUGGAGAGGGAUUCCCUGGGAGAGGAGUUUGGGAAGAGCGAGCUGAUGAACGAGGACAUCAGGAUACAUUCCUGGCCCUGCUCCUACUACCUGGACAGCAGCAAGCAAUGGAUCCCUGGGAAGCUCUCCCUGACUCCCCUUUCCAUCCAGUUCAGAGCUGACAAAACAGGAGAGCUGCUGGUGGAUUUCCAUCUUUCUGGGAUCAGCGAGAUCAAGAAGGAAUCUUCCCAUUUAAUCUUCAGCUCCCUCACCAUCCUGGAGAAGGGCACCAAGCACUGGUUCAGCUCCCUGCAGCCCAACAGGAAUGUGGUGUUCAACAUCCUGGAGCAUUUCUGGAGGGAGCAGCUGGUGUCCAGGCAGGAGGCUGGAGCAGGAGCAGCCUUGGAAUCCAGCAAGGGCAAGGAAUUAACAGGGAUGUUGGAGGGGUCCCAGAAGCGCCUGGAGGACACGGCCAAGGUGCUGCAUUCCCAGGGGGAGCAGUUUGAUAACAUCAUGAGGGGGCUGCACAAGAUCGAGGGGGACAUGGAUGUGGCUGACAGGCUGUUGACAGAGCUGGAAUCUCCCUCCUGGUGGCCCUUCAGCACCAAACUCUGGAAAACCCCUCUGGAAUGGAAACCGAAGGAAACCGCGGCAGCGCCGGAUCCCAAGAACCAGGAGGAAAUCCUGGAGGAAAUCCCCGUGCUCAUCACCCAGAGGGCGGAUUCCAGCUGCAAGCCGGGCAGGCUGACUCUGCUGCCCUCAGGGCUGGAGAUCAGGGACUGCAGCUCGCAGCUGCUGCAGCGCUUCGGGAGGCGGGAGGUGGACGAGAUCCGGGUGCACAGCCCCUACGAGAUCAGCGUGCGGCAGAGGUUCAUCGGCAAACCCGACACCUCCUUCCGCCUGCUGGCGGCGCGCAUGCCCCGGGCCCUGCCCCUGCUGCAGCUGCACUUCAGCGCCAAAAUCCAGUUCCUGGAGGGUGCUCUUGGCUUUGCUGGAGGCAGGAAAUCUCCCCAGGAGGAUUUGGGAGCGUCCAUCUGGCAGGCAGCCAGUGGAUUCCUGGGAGCGACGGCAAAUCCCGAAAUUCCGGCGGGAAGCGGCGAAGGGGCGGACGAGGAACAGGCACAGCUGCAAAAAAUUUCCCAGGAAGAAGCCAAGGAGCUCAGACAGAUCCUGCAGAAGCUGAAGGGGCUGGCGCUGGAGACGGAGGCGGAGCUGGAGCGGCAGGACGAGGCCCUGGAGUCCAUCGGCAGCUCCGCGGAUCGCGCCACGCUCACCAUCGAGCGGCACAACCGGCGCAUGCGGCGCCUGACGUAACGCCGGGCUGGCCCAGAGACACCGGGAGGGAUGGGAGGAGGCGUGGAAAUGGCAGCGCUGGGGGCAGCUCCCGUGAGGGCUGGAGGGGUUCCAGGACUUGGAUUGAUGGUUGGAUUCAUGGUUGGAUGGUUGGAUCAUGGUUGGAUCAUGGUUGGAUCUUAGGUGGUUGGAUCAUAGUUGGAUGGUUAGAUUGAUGGUUGGACCUUGGAUUGAUGGUUGGACCUUGGAUUGAUGGUUGGACCUUGGAUGAGGUUUGGAUCUUGGAUGGGGUUUGGAUCUUGGAUGGUUGGAUCAUGGUUGGAUCUUGGAUGAGGUUUGGAUCUUGGUCAUGGUUGGGUCUUGGAUGGUUGAAUCUUGGAUAGUUGGAUCUCGGCUCAUGCUUGGAUCUUGGUUCAUGCUUGGAUCUUGGUUCAUGCUUGGAUUUUGGAUGAAGUUUGGAUCUUGGAUGGUUGGAGCUUGAAUCAUAAUUGGAUCUUGGAUGAGAUUUGGAUCACAGUUGGACCUUGAACGAUGGUUGGACUUUGGAAGAGGUUUGGCUCUUGGAUGGUUGGAUCUUGGAACGUGGUUGGACCUUGAAUGAGGUUUGGACCUUGAUUGAUGGUUGGAUCUUGGAUCAUAAUUGGAUCUACGAUGAGGUUUGGAUGCAGUUGUACCUUGGAUCAUGGUUGGACCUUGAAUGAUGGUUGAACCUUGGAUGAGGUUUGGAUCUUGGUUCAUGGUUGGAUCUUGGAACGUGGUUGGAUCUUGGAUGGUUUGAUCUUGGUUCACGCUUGGAUUUUGGAUGAAUUUUGGAUCUUGGAUGGUUGGAUAUUGGAAUGUGGUAGGAUCUUGGAUGGUUGGAUCUUGGUGGUUGGAUCUUGGUUCAUGGUUGGAUUUUGGAUGGUUGAAUUUUGGAUGAGCUUUGGAUCUUGGAUAAUGUUUGGAUCUUAGAUCAUGGCUGGACCUUGGAUGAGCUUUGGAACCUUUUUUUGAUGGAAAGAUCCAAAUUUCCAAUCAGGAUGAAACAGAACUGGUGGAUUCUCCACUGCAAAACCCUGUAAAUAGGAAGGGAUGUGACAAAACCUGACUUAAUUUAAUUAAUUCAUUAAUUCAUUAAUUCAUUAAUUAAUGUGCUUUUUCAUGUUGCUGCUUUCCAGCCCAUGAAUUCCCUCUCCAGUUCUUUCCCUAAAAUCCUUUGGAGCUGAUCCUGGUUUUUUUAUUUAUUUGCACUUUGUGGUGAUGAAACAUUUCAAGGCUUUUCCAGAAUUCCUAAAAAAAAAGGGAAUAUUUCAAUUAAAGUCUGAAGUUUACACUUGGCUCUGUUGAGAGCAGAUUCCCCUUCCUAAAUUAUUGAUAUUCCAUAGGAAAAAUUCCCAUUUCAUCAAUCCCAACCUUUUCCAGCUGUUUUACCUCCAAGGAGCUGUUAUAAAAUAUAUUUUUUUUUAUUUUUUUUUUUUUUCAAUUUUAAUUUAAAUACUUUUAGUGUUGUUUUCAAAUCUGACACUACCAGUGCAAUAUUUUUCAACAGUGAACCUUCAAAUCCUUGGAUUCAGUGGGAAUUUUUCCCAUUUUUUUGGAAUCCAGCUGAAUUUUGGGAGAAAAAGACACCAAACCACGUCGAGGGUGUUGCCUGCAAGGUUUGUAUUCCUUCAUCUUAGUUAGGACUGGAAUAAAAAUUAUUCCAGGUUUUUCCUGGCAUGCACUUUAUUGGAAAAUCCAGUGAUAAUUUCAUAUCCAUCAGUUUUUUUCCUGGGAAUAAAAUCCUCUUGGAGCUUCUCCUGUUGUUUCCCAGCCCCAAAUCGCUGCUGCUUUACUCAGAGGGGAAAAGAAACUUCCCACACCUCAUUUUUCCAUGGAUUUCCAAGUGGAUUUUGCACCAAAUCCGUGUUUGUUGAGGCUGGGAUGGGAUCUGGGAGUGGGAUGAGCCCACCCCAGAAUUCCCAAAAGGAAAUCUUUUGGAUUGGAGCAUUUUUUUGGGUGUUCUUUGUGCCAUAUUUUUUUAUUGUCGUGGGGUUUUAGCACUGACUCAUUAUUUUGUGGGUUGUGUUGAGUCCAACAUAUCCCAAAAAACUUGGAAUAUUCCUUGGAAAACCCAUCCUGGAGCUGUACAUUGGCUGAAUUCCAUGUGCCAGAAGGAUUUUUCCACCUGUAAUUCCUUCUUAUUAAAUCUCUUGGAAUUGUGA